AUAUUCAACAUGGCCACUUGACAGUGACGUUUCUGUUUACAUAAUUGCCAAUAUUUAAUAUUCAGUGAUAGAAAAAUAAUAUUCUACAAUAUAAAAGAAGUUAUCAGAUAAUUGAGAAGUGCAUAAUAUCUAUUGUGAUAUCUGGUGUUAUCAGAUUUAUCAUUGUUGUAUAGUGAAACAUAUGAUACUAAAAUGAUAAUAACCUAGUUGAAAGUCUUGAAAGUUUUAUUCAAAAGCUGAAUGUAUUGGAUAUGUUUUGCUCUGUACGUCUUCAAGUAGCUAUUGGUCUUCAUAACUAAGUAAUAUGAUGUUGCCUUUACUGCUAUCGCCAUGGGUACUCCAGGCGAUAAAAUUAAAGGAAAGGUAGUAGAAGACGAACACCUGGAUCCUCCAGAACAAACAACCGAAGACACUCCUUCUGUUAACCUUCCAGCUGCUCAGGCCAUCGAAGAAAUGGGUUUCCUCUCCGCUCCACCACCCCAUCUGCAACCUCUCACAAAUGUAAAUAUUCUACCCCAACCGAUUGCAUCACCUCAAAUAAUUGGCAAACCUGAGAUAUUUUCUUCAAGUAAUUUAGAACAGGCUCGUAUAGAAGAUUAUUACAGUCAAACCAAGUUCUAUCCGAGCAUUUACGAACCAAGUACAUCAUAUUCUAUCAGUUCAAGUCAAAAGCCAUCUAAAGUAUUUUACAGUUCAGAGGAACCCGGCCCAUCGGGUUUGCAAACGCAAAAAACAAAACCGAGUACAAGUCUGACCAAAAUCAAUGUAAAGAAAAAAGUUAAAGCUCCUUCAAAUAUUCAGUUACCUAAGAAACCAUUCACCUGUCAAGUCUGCCAAAAAAGUUACACAAACAUCGAUAAGCUGAACAAGCACCAACAAAUCCACUCGACUGUUUCGCCAUUCAAGUGCGAGCACUGCAAAAAAUCAUUCAGUUCUAAGUUCAAAUUAGUAAGGCACAUGUUGAUCCAUUCCGAUAGAAAACCGUUUAGUUGUACAGUAUGUGAAAGAACAUUUCAUAGAAAAGAUCACCUGAAGAAUCACAUUAAAGUUCAUAGUCCAACCAAAAAAAUUUACACAUGCGAAAAAGAACACUGUAAAAAAGAAUACACAUCCCUGCUUAGCUAUAAGAAACAUCUGGCUCUGCAUGCGGCGCAAGAAGGCAGCCUGGAGUGUCAAAUAUGUUCUAGUGUUUUCAGUACAAAAGACGAUAUUUUAUUUCACCUCAAAAUACACGCAGGGAGUCGUACUGUUAAGGACCCCAACGAAAAGAAAUACAGAUGCGAACAUUGCGAUAGAAAAUUUUUCACCAAGAAGGAUGUCAGAAGACAUCUGGUAGUACAUACUGGUAUGAGAGAUUUUUUAUGUCAAUUUUGUCCGCAGAGAUUUGGGAGAAAGGAUCACUUAGGUAGGCAUAUCAAAAAAUCUCAUUCGAAAAAUUUACCUCCCGAAGAUCUAGAUACUUCCUCGGAAUCAACUAGUGUCAAAGUUGAAACGAUCGUUAAGUCGGAGUUAACAACUCCCGAGUUCGAAAUGCCUCAAGAAACAACCGAGGAAAUGUUUAUUGGUGGCCCCGAAAUCAUACCCUUUUCUCUUGGAGAGGGUACAUCGUCUAUGAUGAAAUACGAACCGAAAUUUGAGGAUGUAGCAGCAACCGAACCUCAGUUUCCCCAAGCUGCCCUUACAACAGAUAUAUUGGGAUAUUGUUUAGAAAAUGUACAAGAAUUCGUUCCACCGAGUUAUAUUGAUCCAUUCUUGGAAGAAAAUGUCAAAGAUGAUUUUUCUUUGAUAUUGUCUUCUCCCUCUCAAAGUGAACUGAUACAGAUUUUCGACAUGCAAUCGUCCGCAUCCUCUUCAACAGUACCAGAGACUACUGUUUCUGAUAACAGCGGCCUGCUAACUGAAACUGAAGUUCUGAGUAACCCAGAAAUACAGAGGCUUCUUCAGCCUUCUGAAGAAGCGAAUCUACCACUUCCUGGGUUCAGUCAAACGUUUCAGUCUCCCCCACCUCCUCAUCCUCCACAGCCACCACCUUAAAUUCAUUUUUAUAAUUCUGAUAUCCCAUUUCGAUUUUUAACAAUUUGUCCAUGAAUCUAUAUAAUACAGUCGAUAUGGACACCUAUUAUAACUCUAAUGAAUUAUUAUUAUAUUGCCUCGAAGUCCAUCUGAGGUCCUAUCUCUGUGUGUAUUCACUGAACUACUCAGUUACUUUUUGACACUAAUAACAAAAAUUUUUAAUAAUACACCCGAUCGUCUCUAGUAACUAGGAACUUUGUUGUGGAUUUUUCAAUUUUCAACGAUAGAUACUCGUAACUUUCACCUACAAUAUCUGCAUAGGGAAUAUCAAUCAAUUACAUAUCAUUCAUCAAAAUGAGAAAAUAAACGGUUAAUUACCAAAAGCAGGCUCAGUACACAGAUUUGUUAAUUGUUUCAGAGAACGUAUGAAAAAAUAAAAGAAUUACUAUCCCUCCCACACCCGACGAUGAAGAUCAGAGCCGCUGCCAGUUGUAUGUUAAUUUUUGAU